AUGGUAAAGAGCCGUAUGACAGCAAUUGAUAUAUGUGCUAUGGUUCACUCCAUAGCAAAAGAUUUGAAGGGCCAAAAAUUGGUAAAUAUAUAUGAUAUAAAUCAUAGAACAUACUUACUGAAAUUUGGUGGGGAAGGAAAGUUAUUUUUAUUGAUUGAGGCAGGUAUUAGGUUUCAUACAACUCACUGGAAGAGGGGAUCCCAACAAACUAUGAAUUCUUCUUCGGUUGUGAGUAUUUCAUAUUUCAAUAAUAAAUUAAGAAGGUAUUUAAGGGGCAGGAAAUUAGUUGAUAUGGCACAAAUGGAUUUAGAUAGGAUUGUUAAGUUAACUUUCGGAUUUGGUGAAAAUAUAUUUCAUUUGAUUUUGGAGUUCUUUGUAGCAGGUAACAUUAUCUUGACAGAUAACAACUACAAUAUUUUAGUUAUUCUUAGAGAUAAUGGUAAUCUAUCCAUUGGUAAACGCUAUAACUGGGAAAAUAGUAUUGACAUUGAUUGUUCUCAUGCUGUAUUUCCUUCUAUACUUAGAUCUCCAGCUCCGGAUAUAGAUGUAGAUCAAGCACCUUGGAUGAUCCAGUGGUUGGAUGAAAGCUAUUUAGAGGAUCAAUUAAACAUUAUGAUAAAAGAGGCAGAAGCAGGAUCUGAAGAGAAACAAUUACAAAUUUCAAGAGGAUCUACAAAUAAACGAAGUAAACAGGGAAAUGAUACUAUUCCAAGUAAUCAACCUAGUGGAAUUACUUCACAAGUAUUAUUAGGGAAGAUCUUAAGGUUUUGCCAUCCUAUUAUGUUACAGCAAUUAUUAGAGAAGUAUGGUUUAGAUAAAGAUCAACUGGUAACUUCUUCAUCUAUUAGAGAUAUUUCUAAGAAGUUUAUUAAAUGUAUUAAGGACGCUAAGUAUUUACUUGGAAUACUUUGUAAUUCAGAAGUAUUGGGCAUAAUGACUCUCUGUUUAACCUCAAGAGAUCAGAUGAAGGAAGGUGAUUUAAUAUUGAGAGAUUUGCAGCAAGUUGAAACUCACGUUUCUUCAGAAUGUAAAGCAAAAGCUGAGCAAGACAAAACUGAGCCAUUAUACAUCUCUUUUUCUCCUUAUGUAAAAGAUCAUGAAUGGAUAUAUUCAGUUCAGGCACUACCUAAAGAUGGCUUAAUAGUAAAUCGUUUUACGUCAAAAUUUAGUGAUUGUGUAGAUGAAUUUUAUAGCUCGAUUGAUAUUAAUAAGGAGACAAAGGAGAUUCAACAAGAAGAGAAAGCAAUAAAUAGUAAGAUUGAUAAAUUACGUAUAGAUCAAGAAAGAAGACUCAAAGAACUUGUUGAAGAGAAAGAGGCGUGCAUAAAGAGGGCUAAUUUUAUGGAGUGUUGUGAACUAUUACUUGAGAAGAUAUUGCUUCUGACACGACAUUUGAUAGCUACUGGUGCUCAGUGGAAAGAUAUAUGCAAUGAGGUUAGACAACAGCGGAAAAUUGGUCAUCCCAUUGCAAAGUAUAUAAAGUCUUUGGAUUUGGAACAUGAUAGAGUAGUAGUUUACUUUGGAGCGGAUGAAUUUCCUGAAGAUUUUGAUUACAGUCGAUAUGGAUAUGGAGAGUCAAAUAGUAAGCUAAAAAGUCAAGAAGGAAUUGAGAUUUAUUUAAAUAUAUCAAAAUCAAUGCAGGCAAAUAUACGAUCUGAGUAUGAAGAGAGUAAGCAUAUAUCAGCUAAACUUGAAAGGACAAAGAGUGCUUAUAAACGAGCUCUUAACAAAGUUACUAAAACAGUAAAUAGAAAUACUGAAAAGUUAACUGGACCUUUAAAUACAGGAGUAAAUAGAAUCCACAAGAUUAGACAGAGUUAUUGGUUUGAGAAAUUUCAUUGGUUUAUAUCUUCAGAUGGCUUUCUUGUGAUUGGUGGAAAUGAUUCAAGUCAGAAUGAGCUUUUGUAUCGUCGUUAUUUAGAGAAAAAUGAUCGCUAUAUUCAUGCUGACACUCAUGGUGCAACAACUUGCAUUGUAAAGAAUCCCAAGAAUCUUGCCGAUAUCCCAAUGAAUACCUUAUGUGAAGCAGGGCAAAUGAGUAUUUGCUACAGUAGAUCUUGGGCAAAUAAGACUGUUAUUUCAGCUUGGUGGGUUUAUCCAGAUCAAGUUAGUAAAACUGCUCCUAGUGGUGAGUACUUAACUACAGGUAGUUUUGUAAUUAGAGGCAAAAAAAACUUUUUACCUCCUUUGAAACUUGAAAUGGGCAUUGCACUCGUAUUUGUCAAGACUAAGAAACAAGCUGAGAAAGAGGAAUUGUCAGAUUUGGAAGACAUAAGUUCCAAAUUUGAGGAUAGUACUUAUAGUGAGACUGUGGAUACUGAAAUAAAAGUGAACUUAAAUUCUAAUAUAUCCGAUAAAUCACAUGUAAAUUCUGAUAAUGAUUUAAGCAGCAAAUUUAAUCAGCCAUAUAAUUGUCCAUCAGAAUUAGCUACUAGUAACAGACGUUCAAGUAAUUCUACUGGAGUUCAUGUUCACUUUUCAGCUGGAGAUAUAAGUGAUGUAAUACCUCCUUUAGAGAUACCACAUCGUGUUCAAUUUGAUGAAUUGCCCCCUGAGUUGUUACUUUCAAAGCCAUUUGAUCCCUUAUCAAUUGAUGAAUCAACUAGUAAUGGUAAUACAACAGAAAAUAUAAUGGAAAACUUAUCUGAGAUCUUGACUAGUACAGUAAUUAAAGAGGAUGAUGAUCAGAUAUCUGAAGUUGGUAAUAAUUUAAGUGAUGAAAUAAAAUCAUCUACAGAUAGUUCAAAAUGUGAAUCCACUCUUAGAAUCCAUCAACAGUCACCCAGAUUUUCAUUAACACCACCUAGAAUGUCUAGCAGAAGAUCUUCUGUAGAUGAAGGUCCUCCACCUUUAGGAUUUUCUGAAUCAACUUUACCAACACCAGCUGAUUUACUAUCCCAUCGUGUAAAAUUUCCAGCGGCUUCCUCAUCUUCUGAAGAAAUGAUGGAUACAAUGAAAAUAGAUCCCAAUGUAUCAGAUAUAGCUCAUGGUGAAACUAAAAAUUUGGGAUCUUCAUUAUCUAUGGACUCAUCUGAUGAAAGUUUUGAGAACUCUGCAAUUUGGCUAAAGAACUUAGAUUCAUCACCUUCACCAUCUGCAAAUCGCAAAGUUAAUUGCUAUUUUGAAGGGAUUGACUCACAUUCUGAAUUUUAUAAUAAAUUAAGAGAGAAUUAUCGUCGCCGUUCAAUUGAUGGUGGUCCAACUCCUAGAGGUUUUAUUCCUGAUCAUGUUCCGAAUGCUCGUGAAUUGCUUCAAAAGAUCAGAUUUGACCCUAUAGAUUUGGAAUUAGAAAAUUUGGCCCAUAUGCGUGAAAGAGGAAGAUUUAUAUCAGAUGCAGUACCCUAUCUACCUGAGGAGUUUCAACGGAUGAUUAUGAUUUCUCAACAGAAGACCUCUAAAAAACACAGAUUUACAGUAGACACUAAUUUUGAAUUAGAUAAAAAAGUUGAUGUGAAAAGUUUUCUUGAAGAUAUAAAUGAUGAAAGGGCUCAUUUAAAUGACCUAUAUUCGUAUAAGAAAGAUGAUAAAUUACAAGAUAUAAAUUUAAAUAUCUCAAGUAAAUCUGUUAAUGGAAAAAUUGAACUGAAGAUGCCAAAUAUAUCAUCAAGAGGUAGAUCAAUAGAAUCAGGGAAUAAUCAAAGUACAAAUCAAAAACUUUCACGAAGAAAAAAAUUUAAACUAAAAAAGAUGGCACUUAAAUAUGGAGAACAAGAUGAACAAGAAAGGAAAUUAAGGAUGGUUUUAACUGGUAGUAAAGAUAUGAAACUUGCUUACUCAUCUAAAUCCCCGACUGUUGAGUCUAAAGAACCUAGUUCCAGUAUAGAUAUUCCAAAGCCAUUACAUAUAACACAACAAGAGAAGAAGAAGAAAGAACAAGAAAGAUUAGAGCGAAUUUACAAGGAAAGGAAUGUUGACAAUACUAUUGAGAACCGUGAGUUUGAGAAUAUUCGAGAAUGUUUAUUAAAAUCAAAUAGAGUUGAUAUAGACCCAAAUUUAAUUGCAAUUAUUCCAAUAUGUGCUCCAUAUUCUUGUGUUAGAGAUUAUGAAUAUAUUGUUAAGUUGACUCCUGGUGGUAACUUGAAGAGAUCUAAAGCUGCUCAGGAUAUAAUUCAUCACUUUCUACAUCAAAGCUUUAAAGAAAAGGAUUCUAAGCCUAAUUCAUAUGAAUUUAUUAGGAUACUUAAGGUAGAUGAUAUUAUCAAAAGAUUGAUGAAUCCUGUAAAGCUUCAUUUUUCUUCUGAAAAAAGAGGCCAAGAACCAAAUCAAUCAAAGGCAUUUAAUUAA